CCUCGCUGCGUUGUUGAUUUAUGGAGAUCUCUUUCGGCGGUUGAAAACCUUUGAAAAAUUGAAAAUGGAGAAAUCGACCUCGCCGGCGACUCAAGUCACCGAACCUCCUACUGCUUCAUCUCUUCCAGCACAAGCUCCUCCGCUUCCUACAUCUGCAGAUCAGAGAUCAGCUGAGUUACCUUCGCCGGCCGGGGCCACGGCUCAGCCAGCUCAGAUGACUGCGCCUCCGUCGACAGUUACCACAGAUCCGUCGUCCAGGGGAAGAAAGCGAGCGCUGGAAGCGAAUCUUCAGAUCGAGAGCUCCAACUACUACAAGAUGCGUCUCCUUGUCAAAGAUCUUCGCCCUCACGUUCUCGAGGUUUUACGAACUCCAGAUUUCAGCAACUCUAAGGCAGCUAUCGAGAUUCAAGAAAAGAUGAAUCUUAUGCUUCAACUGUACCAAGAGAUGAUCGGAGAAUCUCCUAAACGUGAGAAAACAGCUAAGAGCGAGUCUUUAUCCAACGGAAAGGCCAUUCAUCAAACACCUCAGAGUACUACUACUAGUGUAUUGAGAUCAUCUGAAACAAGCUAUGUCCAAACUGACAACCACAACUCUGAUGGAGAUGGCGACAAGGUGGUUGGAGGGUCCGCAUUUGGCUGGAACUUCAUAACCUCUGGAGGGCCAGGCACUGAACCUGUUUAUUCUGGAAUGUCAAAGGAAGAAUACAGAAGCUCUCACCCAAUUAUCCAAGUGGAGGCAGCGGUUGAGUUGCACGACACAUUCUAAGCUUUGUUAGUGGCGUUUGUAUAAUAUUCACUUU